CAUGUCAACUGACAGGGGAUUUCCCUCUGAACAGCACGUCUGUCUCUCUACGCCGUUGCAUUACGUUGGAUUCUCAUUUUAAACAAUGGACAACAGUCCUCUGCAGGUGUUGACUGUCCCUACAGCCCCCUACUCCGACCAGAGACCCGGCACCAACGGUCUGAGGAAAAAGGUCUAUGUAUUCCAGUCCAGGAGGAAUUACCUACACAACUUCAUCCAGAGUAUUUUCUCCUCCAUUGACCUACGUGACCGCCAGGGAUCAACAGUGGUGGUGGGGGGAGACGGCCGCUUCUUCAACCGGACUGCUACUGAGGUUAUUGUGCAGAUGGCAGCUGCCAACGGGGUGGGUCGUAUGAUCAUUGGACACCACGGGAUAAUGUCCACACCAGCCAUCUCCUGUGUAAUCAGGAAAUACAAAGCCAUCGGUGGCAUCAUCCUCACUGCCAGCCACAACCCUGGUGGACCUGAUGGAGACUUUGGCAUUAAGUUCAAUACUGCAAAUGGAGGCCCAGCCAAGGAGGCUGUCACCAACAAGAUCUUUCAGAUCAGCAGAACCAUUGAGGAGUUUGCCAUCUGCCCCGGACUGCAAGUGGACCUGACAACGCUGGGCAAACAGAUGUUUGAUCUGGAGAACAAGUUCAAACCCUUCACAGUGGAAAUUGUGGACUCUGUGGAAUCCUACGCGAACUUGUUGAGGAACAUCUUUGACUUUGCUGCGCUGAAGGAGCUUCUAUCUGGCGAAGACCACAUCAAGAUAAGAUUGGAUGCCAUGCAUGGAGUGGUAGGACCGUAUGUGAGCAGAAUACUCUGCGAGGAGCUGGGCUGUCCUGCCAAUUCUGCCAUCAACUGUGUCCCAUUGGAGGACUUUGGAGGUCAACACCCAGAUCCUAACCUCACCUACGCUGCAGAUCUGGUUGACAGCAUGAGAGACGGACAGUAUGAUUUUGGUGCAGCAUUUGAUGGUGACGGGGACCGUAACAUGAUACUUGGUAAGCAUGGCUUCUUCCUCACACCGCCUGACUCCGUGGCUGUGAUUGCUGACAACAUCUUCUGCAUCCCAUACUUCCAGCACACAGGGGUGAGAGGCUUCGCCCGCAGCAUGCCCACCAGCGCAGCCUUAGACAGAGUAGCCAAAGCAACAAAGAUAGAGUUGUAUGAAACUCCCACUGGAUGGAAAUUCUUUGGGAACCUAAUGGACGCAGGUAGACUGUCUUUGUGUGGAGAAGAAAGCUUUGGUACAGGUGGAGACCAUAUUCGUGAGAAGGAUGGGCUGUGGGCCGUGCUGGCAUGGCUGUCCAUCCUGGCUGCUAGACGGCAGAGUGUGGAGGACAUCCUGAAGGACCACUGGCUAAAAUAUGGAAGAAACUACUUCACCAGAUAUGACUAUGAGAACGUAGACAUCGACGCAGCCUGUGAGAUGAUGGAGGAUUUGGAGAUCAUGAUCGCCGACAAGUCCUUUGUGAAGCAGAGAUUUGCUGUGGAGGACAAAAUCUACCAAGUGGAAAAAGCAGACAACUUUGAGUACACAGACCCGGUGGACGGCAGCAUCUCCAGGAACCAGGGUCUACGGAUAAUCUUCUCUGAUGGUUCUCGAAUCAUCUACAGACUCAGUGGGACAGGUAGCACAGGGGCGACAGUUCGAAUCUACAUAGACAGCUAUGAGAAGGAGCAAAUCUUUGAAGACUCACAGGUGAUGCUGGCACCCCUGGCAACUAUCGCUCUGAAGAUCUCCCAGCUCCAUCACAGGACGGGCCGAAGUGGCCCAUCAGUCAUCACAUGAAACUCCUUUUUGUUUUUCUUUCUAGAUUUUUAUAUAAACUGAGCUUCAAUUCCAAGUGUAGCUGCGCAACAUGCAGUAGUUUGCAUGUUAGGCUAAAAUAUAUUCAGUGAUUCUCUGUUCCAUAUUAAACUGCUUUUUAUUUUUGG